AUGACGGGCAGAGGCUCGAAGAGGCGGGGGCGCCCGCCCAAGUCCGUGGUGAUGGAGCGGCCGAAGAAGUUCCAGUAUCACCUGAUGAAGAAGCCCAAGUACCUGCAAAACAGGACGGUGACGCUCGGCACCGAGACGCCGGGCUCGCAGCCGAGCACGCCGACGGCGUCCCGGCCGACCUCGCCGUCGGUCGAGAGCGAGGAGAGCAGCAAGCGCAGCACGAGGAACCAGCGUAAGUCGCGCAGCGGCCGCGACCGGCACUCCCGCAAGGGCGGUCACUCCGGAGCCACAGGUGGUGCCUAUCAGCGUCGCGGCUACAAUCCCAACGUGGACUACCACGACUCCGAGUAUCACUAUGGCUCCGACUUUGGCGACGAGUCCAGCGAGAAGAGCGAGCCGGAGGAGGAGCCAUUGCCGAGCGACGUGGACACCUCUGAGAGCAUCGAGGAGCCCGAUCCCUCGAGCGACAGCGACUUCUCGCUGUCCAGUUUCAGUAAUACCAGCGGCACACCCAGGAAAACGCUGCUCGCCCAACAACGGCCGCCCAGUCCGGAGCCGUUGUGGCUGCAGAACAGGGAGUUGCAGCCGUUAGUGUUACCCAAGUCCUCGGACGAUCUGUUGGUCCCCAAAGAACUGGUCAUGCCGUCGCUCUCCAUCUACGAGGUGCUCAGGCACUUUCGCACCCUGGUACGCCUAUCCUCCUUCCGAUUCGAGGACUUUUGCGCCGCGCUCAUGUGCGAGGAUCAAACCAAUUUACUGGCAGAGAUUCACAUAAUGCUGAUCAAGGCGCUGCUGCGCGAGGAGGACUCGCAGCAGACGCAUUUCGGUCCACUGGACCAAAAGGAUUCGGUGAACGUUAGCUUGUACUUCGUGGACUCUAUGACAUGGCCGGAGGUGCUGCGUUCUUAUGUGGAGAGUGAUAAGAGUUUUGAUCAGAACAUUUUACAUAUUUUAACCACUACUGAAUAUCCUUUUACUGCCAUCGAGGAUAGAAUCAAGGUCCUACAAUUUUUAACAGAUCAAUUCUUAAUAACAAACCCUGUGAGAGAAGAUCUAUUGCAUGAAGGAACUAUGCACUAUGAUGAUCACUGCAGAGUAUGCCAUCGACUAGGAGAUCUAUUGUGUUGUGAGACUUGCCCAGCUGUAUUUCAUUUAGAGUGUGUAGAACCGCCUCUGGUCGAUGUUCCUACUGAAGAUUGGCAGUGUAGCACAUGUAAAGCCCACAAAGUGAUGGGUGUCGUGGAUUGUAUUCCCGAUGUCGAAAAGAACGGGUCUUUAUGUAGACAAGAGCAUUUAGGAUUCGACAGACAUGGCAGAAAAUAUUGGUUUCUUGCAAGGAGAGUUUUUAUUGAAAGCGAAGACGGCGAGGUGUGGUAUUAUAGUUUAGCUUUGCAAUUAGAAGAGCUGAUGCUUGGGUUAGAUCAAAAUGAAAUGGAAGUAGCGCUUUAUCGCGAACUAUCGGAUUACAAGGAGGAAAUGGUCCGUCAAAUGGAGCUCACGGAGACUAUCACUAAUCAAUUCAAAGGAAACAAGAAGUCGUAUUUGGAAAUAGAAAACAAUCUUAUACAAAAGAUGCAAAAGGAACGACAAGAGAAACUGGAGAAAGAGGAGGAGCAGAAGAAGGAAAAGGAGAGACAGGAAGCGGAGGAAAUGAUACGCAAGAUGCAUGAGGGUACAGACGCUCCGAACGAGCGUACGUCAGCGGUGACGGAGCAGGGUGAAACAAAGACAUCCGGUGAUAAGUCGACUUCAGCUGCACAAGUACCUGAGGCGGUCGGCGAAACUGUCGUGGUCGACGCCGAGGCGUCGUCUACCGCGACGAAUACGGACAAAGCUACGAAAACUAACGCCUCCACGUCAUCAUCUGAAGAUCUUGACGAAGAGACGCUAGAGGGAGAGGAGAAAAUUGGAAAAGAUGGCAAAAAGCAUACUAUCGUGACAAGAUCGAAGACCGGGUCGUUGCAACCGCGAACCUUUAACAUGGACGACGUGAAGAGACGGAGCAUGGCACCGUUGUCGAAGGAGGAGCAAGAGAAGCUCGACAAGGGUAUAAAGGAUUCCGAAAACGAGAGCAACACCAGAGUGACGCGUCAGAAGGCGCAUCAAAUCGCGUCUGGCACGCAUCUGUUCAAAUUGGGCAUGGACAACAACUUCAAGUCGUACGUCAAUCAGUACACCACCAAUCCUGUCUCCCUGAAUAAGACACAGAGAAACGAGGAGCGCGACAAGAAACGUCACCUGUCGCACAAGUUCUCGCUGACGCAGGCGUCGGAGUUCAAGUGGGUGGGCAGUCUGACGGGCACCCGUGCCCUCCUGGUCAGUACCCUGCGCCAGACGAUACUGCAGCUCGAGAACAACAUUCAGGCGUCGUUCAUGCACACCAACUGGCCGUUGCUGCGCAAACCGUGGACGUCCGCCGUAGGAGCGUGCGUGAACCCGCGUGACUUCGCGCGCACUCUUAUCGUUCUGCAGGCGUGCAUCAAAUCCGUCGUAUUCGCGAGUGUGUGGCACGACCAGCUUGGCCACGUGAAGCUGCAACGGGUGACGGCGCUCGAGCGCGAGGAGAAGAAGCGCCAGGACAAGAAGGAGAAGAAGGAGAAGGAGGACGAGGAGGAGCGUAAUCGGCUCUUCAACUUCGUCAAGUACACGCUCGGCCUGAAGCAUCAGGUGUGGAAGCAGAAGGGCGAGGAGUACCGUGUUCACGGCCAGGGCGGUUGGCUCUGGGUGUCGGCCAGACGCCGUCACCGACCCACGGACGCGACGAAGAUGGGUUUGCGCACCGGUCCGCAAAAGAUCAUGGUACAGAUCAAGGAUCAGGGUGGCCUGAAAAUACUCGCGCUCGACCCGCCUACUUACGAAUUCCUCAUCAAGGAGUAUUGCCCAAGCAAGACGGAGAACGGUAUUGUGAAACAAGAGAUCAAAGAGGAAGGUGUGGAGAAUGACACGAUUAAGCAGGAGUGUAAUACGGAAGGUAUAAAGAAGGAGCCUACGAUCGACGGCAAGAAGGAGCCUACGACGAACGGCGAUCCUUCCCCAGUAGUAAAAACGGAAUCGGUCAAACAAGAAACGAAGAUGAAUCUAUCAUUUUUAGCAGGCAUGAAAAUUGAAAAAGUUUUUACUCCGAUUACCGAAUUCGAAGAGAUCAACAUUAACAAGGCACUAACCACUUCUGGAAGAUUGCACUAUCCAAAAGUUGCGAAAAAGACGAAGAUCGACGAUUUCCUGGCGCGUAGAACACAUUUGAAGUUUUUGGAAGAAAGAAAGUUAUUGCAAUCCGCGAAAACGAAAGAAGCGAAUCAGACGCCGAAUCAGAAAGGCGGCGAUGGCGAUUCUGCAGAGGUCGAUAUGGAAAACCACGAGGAAAAUGAUACCGAUGGUGCCGUUGGCGGUGGCGGGGAUGGUUCUCUCCCAGGCCUCUUGGCAUCGCCCACCGUCAAGCAGCAGCAGCAGCAGCAAGCGAGCAAACCGGUAGUAACGACCGUAUCUGCGUCCACGAAGGAAGUGCUCGCGGCUAUCACCAAGCGCAUCCAGCAAGUGCGCUUGCAAUAUACGACUUCUUUGAAGCUCUGCAAGAACGGCGGCUGUUACUCGCGCUACUGCAACGCGAGUAACGCCAACAAGAAUAACACCGUGCAAAGCAAUACCCCGCAGGUCAUCACUCCGAAUACCAUCGACACCUGUUACUCGCCUCUGUGCAUGCGGAAGGCGCGACUGAAGCGCGACCUGAUCGUGCUGCUGCGCAAGGCGAACGCUCUUCAGAACAACAAUCAGUCCUCGCCGCAGGUUACGGCUCUCGUGAAAAUGGAAACCUCGGACGAGUCGAAAGACGCGAUCAGACGGGACUUGGAGUCCGCGGUGGCAUCGGCGACACGCUGCAACGCGGAGGACGCGGCGACGAAGAAGACAACGGGCGUCGCCGUUUCGUCGCCGAAGAAGAUCAAGCUCGAGAACGAGCGCGCGGAGAACGCUGGCGUGACGACAACUACCGUCACAACGAGCAACGUCGUUACCACCACCACGACGAUCACGACGACUCAGCAGACGGUGCUGAAGAGCGCGGACGGCGUGACGCAGGAGCAGUCUGCCGUUAAUCGUAACUCGACGACCGUCUCCUCUUCGGAGACCACGACCACGAUGACGAAUAAGAGCGGCGCGAAGACGGUGAUGAUCGUGAACCGUCGAGGUAGGACGGUGCAGCGUACCACGUUCGUCAGAGAACUGAACGCCGACGGCACCGAGCGAAUAUACACGGCAACGUCGACGGAGGGCAAGGUAUACCUGAAGAAGGUGGUCAAUACGAUGGCCGAUCGUAAGAAGAAACGCACGCCGGUCAAAUAUCCGCUCUGCUCGACUUUCUGCACGAAGAACAAGCAGCGCAGUAUACUGGUGCUCCCUCAGCACGAGUUGAGGAAAUUAUCUCGCGUCGGUGGUAAGGUGCCCGUGCAGGGGUUCCACCAUCAGGCCAAGGCGAAUUUGUCGGUGUGGCCGUAUCCCUGCCCCAGACCCUUGUUCAAGACCUGCUGGCUCUACCGAACGGUCGGCCUGAAGUCGCUCGCCGCCGCGGCGAUUCAGCUGAGAAUACUCUGGGCGUGCCUCAGAUGGGACGACAUGGCAGCUAAGCCGUUGUCCACCGACGGCAAGAAUCAGAUCACCACCGACACGGAGAUCAUGUCGCUGGAGAUAUUGAAGCAUCGGCAUGUCGGGCAGUUCCUCGACAGGGCUCAGUAUCUACGUAGGAAGGUCGUCAUACCGCUCGAACUUCCAAAACAAGUCAGAGAGGUAACAUCCAUAAGGAGCGGUCUGAGAAAAAGGAAGCGUCCGGAAUCUCCGCAGAGCACCGAACCGCAAGUCACUGAGGAAUGGGUCGACGAGGACAAGUUGGAGUUAUGGGAAAUCAAACAGUACGGCGACAGGUUAGAGAAGGCUAAUGCGCAGAUUAUUACUAGGAGUCGCUCAGGAGCACCGCAGUCGGUGAUCGUCAGCGGUGGCAAUAAGACCGCCACCGCCGGCGCCGCCGGCGGCGGCACGGCCGGUCUGACUGGCGAUCAGCUCGUGAGCGGCAAAGCGACACCGGAGGAAAUCAAGGAGAAGAUGGAGCAGCAGUUGCGCAUGCAACGGGCGGCUCAUCAACAGAAGCGUGCUCUGCACGAGAUGACACUUAAAAAUCAAUCUGCGACGUCGCCCGCCACGCAACUUGUCAAAGUUACAACUAAUUCCUCUCACGAUGGCACCGUUAAAUUGGUUUCGAAAGUCCCGAUUCCGGCAAAUCCGAAUAGCACAAAAUCACAGUUGACCUCUCUUCUAACAACUCCAACGCAAAACAAAACUUUUAUCGGUACACGGCGAAUCUACAUGACGAAAUCUGCCGAUGGAACCACUAAGGUUGUGUCCGGACCUACCAGUAUUUUACCGAAAACACCGCAAACCCCAGGGCUGAACCAGCAAUCCUUGAUCAGGGUGACACCGACAACCACCGCUUCGCCUGUACACGUGCAGCAGAGAGUGCAAAUUCUCAGAGGGCCAGACGGAAAGUUGCAAGUGCGCGGCUUGCUGCCCGGCCAGCAAUUGGUUCAGAUGCCGGACGGGAAGCUGCACGUGCUGAAUGUAAGCCAAACUGUGGGUACCACAAUUGCGCAAGGCGCUCAAACGAAAUCGACAACAACUGCGACUGCUCCACAAGCGAAAACCGUGACCACCGUUAGCCCGAAAACGACGACGGAGAGUACGACCGCGACUAAAACCAGUCCGAGCGCAAAGGCAACGGCGAACUCGACGGUGCAAGUGCAAACGCCUCAGCAAGUGCAGGUCGUUCAAACUGUCCAACGCGUAAAAUCCGCGACCAUGACCCUGGCACCUGUCGCGACGACUCCGACGAAGAAUGCCAUCGUAGUCACAAGUACAGGACAAGCCGCGCAGGUGAUAUCUUCGGGUGGACAAGUAAUAAGCGGCAAUCCGAUAAUGGUCACGAACGCAAACCUGGUUCAACAGUUGACGUCGGGCAAGGCCCAGUUGACCGCGAUCGGCAAUCAAGUUGUGAUACGUAACCCAUCCAAUCAAAUUUUGCAUCUGAAUUCGGCUAAUGGCGGAUUUAUCGUGAAGGGCACCGUCGCCGCCAAUAAACAAGCCUUGCAAACCACGCCAACUUCGACAGUUGUACAGUCGGCCACAACUACAAACACGAGCCCGACGACGACGACCGUCGCAACGUCCACCAUGUCAUCGACGACGACUUCGAGCUCCGUCGCGACUCCGAUUCCGGGAAGUAUCGAGGCUUCUUUACUGGCAGGGCAGCCACCCGGUACAGUAAUCAAGUGCGUGACGGCGCAGGUUAUCAAUACGGACCAAGGUCCGCGAAUUGUGCUGCAGGGUUUGACAGGCUCGGAGUUCACGCAGCAGCAAUUAAACCUGGUGCAGCAACAAGUUAAGCAGCAACUUCUGAAAGCGCAUGCAGCGACCGGCAAGCAAGGUGUCUUAGGACCGACGAAGAUUUACUUGGCCGUCCAACCGGCCCAAUCGUCCAACAAUCAGCAACAGCAGUCGCAGGCUUCGUCGGCUACAAACACGCCAGUGUCGACUCCGAAGCAGCAACAGCCUACAACAUCCCCGUCUACGAAUGAAACCGCCACCGAAACCAUUCCAAAAACUCCGCAAGCGGCAACCCCAAAAUCGACGGAGAAACCAAAGGUGGUCGUUCAGCAAGUGGGACGCAUGACAAACGCGACAGAGGACGACACGCAAAAGACGAAUAUUGCCAACGGACAACAGCCAUCGUCGCAGUCCGUGAAAGAGGGAAGCGACUCAUCGUCGAAUAAAUUUAUACUGACCCCAGAUUACAUUCAACAAACAAUUAAAAAUGCUUUGAAACAAGAGAAUCUGAAUCCGGAGAUAGAGGAAAAAUUGUUGCAACUGCAACGCUACCAGGAGAAACAAAUGAAGGGCGGCGUAGAGAAUUCGGUGACCAGCAAUCAGACUCAUAACUCACCCGCGGCAGCAACGCCGCGUCCGCCUUCGCGCAAACGGCCGGCGCCGUCGUCGAACAUUCCAGCAGCAGCAGCAGCAGCAGCUUCGGCAGCGGCGACGACACCGACAAAUACACAAUCGUCCGGCGGGGGCAACGACAAAGACGACAAAGACUGGGAGACACCCAGGAAAAGACCAGCGUUGAAGCAAGAAAAUCGCGAAACGAUCCCAAAAAUGCCGAAACUAUCGGAGGCAUUAGAUAACGAGUCGUCACCUAAAAAUCGAUCUGCAAAAUUGAAAGACAGUCAAGAGCAGCGAAGGAAACAACAAGUGCAUUCCCGAAUGCAGGUUUUAUUAUUCCGGCAUAAGGAACUUCUUAAAAAAGACAUUCUUAAAAAGAGAGCUUUACUCGAGAAAGAGCUUCAAAUCGAUAUACAGAAGGAAUUGUCAGCGGAGCUGGCCACCAGAACGAAAGCGGAGAGGCAUAAACAGGACGAAGUAAAGGUCGGCAGCGCAAAGCGAAAGGCAAAUGCUCAAGCGGCUCAACAGGUCAGCCCGUCCAAUCGUAGUGGUGGUAGCAGACCGAAGAAGCAUAAGGGUCAAAGCAACAGUACGACGCCUCCUGGUGGUUCGUCGGCCGCGAGUCGCAUUAAAAAAGAAAAACUGUACUGUUUAUGCAGAACUCCUUACGACGAAACCAAAUUUUACGUGGGAUGUGAUUUAUGCAAUAACUGGUUCCACGGCGACUGCGUGGGUAUAACGGAAGAGAUGAGCAAAACUCUAUCAGAAUUUGUUUGUACGGAAUGCAGACACGCGAGAGAUACGCAAGAAUUGUAUUGCCUGUGUAAACAGCCUUAUGACGAAUCUCAAUUUUACAUAUGCUGUGACAAAUGCCAAGAUUGGUUUCACGGCCGGUGCGUCGGUAUUCUUCAAUCGGAGGCCGACAACAUCGACGAGUACGUUUGUCCGAAUUGUCAGCGUAAUUCUUCUGUUAACUUCGCCAAUAUGAAGAACCUCAACGCAAAAGACCUCGAUCUGUUAAAGAAAUUAAUUAAACAAAUACAGGCUCAUAAAAGCGCAUGGCCGUUUAUGGAACCAGUAGAUCCCAACGAAGCGCCGGAUUAUUACAAAGUAAUAAAGGAACCAAUGGACUUGCAAACGAUCGAAUUGAGGAUAAACGACCGGUCCUACAAGAAGCUGAGCGAGUUCAUCGGCGACAUGACAAAGAUAUUCGACAAUUGUCGAUAUUACAACCCGAAGGAGUCACCGUUCUUCAAAUGCGCCGAAUCCCUGGAGACGUACUUCGUCCACAAGAUUAAGUGUCUGAGGGAGAAGUUCUCGGAAGGGAAGUAAUUCAAUCAAAAAAGAACGAACUUAGCCGCAAGUGAAAGUGCACGAGAAUUUAAUUUAGUGCAGUGCAUUUUACGGAAAAAAAACAGAGAAGGGAAAACAGUUGUUUGUGCCAGUACAGUACACAGAUAAAAAGAAAACUGAAACUCUUUCUCUCUCUCUCUCUCUCGGAAUAGACUUAAGUAUGUAAAAGUAGAGAAGGCACCGGUCUCCGCUAUUUAUUAUAGUUGUGUGAAAUAUUUUCCUUUCCCCUCCCACUCCCUCACUGCAAUUUUCAACGAGUUUCUCAGUUCCAUUUGUGCUGUACGAAGUGUGAAUUUUAGACCAGAACUUACCGCUCAUACCGUGUCGCGCAGUUGAUUUUAUCUACGAGAAUGCUAUCAUCAUUUUGCCGUCUACUAUUGCGUUAAAAAGAGAAAAAAAAGGAGAGAAAGUAAAAGCCAUAUAGCACGAUCACUUUUUUAACAAUUGCGUUUGAAAUAUAAUAUAUAAUUAUGUAACAUAAUUCUUCUUCUCAUUAUCGAAAGCCCUUUUUAUUCGGUUCCCCCCCCCCCUUGGACUUGUGGCAACGGAGUGUUUGACAGAAACCGCAAGGUCCGCUUUUUUUUCCUCUUAACACGCUCACUGGCCGUCCAAUUGAACUUUUUAACAGUUGUCGAUCAUCGCUCUUCGAACCCUUCAUUACACUUCCUGCAACACUUUCAAAAGCGAAAGAGCUUUCCUUCUAAGAAAGUGCUUUCCCUCAGACAAGAGUUUCAGCGAAGAGUUUCGCCUCUCACAUCUCUCACGAGAAUAUUCAUAAGCCCCGUGUGUCUCGCGAACAGUGAACGUGUUAUCGUGAAGCGCCCGCAUUGGAGCCGUGUACGAAAUGCAACACUUGCCUCUUUCCGGCGUUGCAACACAUUGCGUAUGUGUAUUUUUUUACGAAAAGAAAGAAGCGGAGCACAUUCGCGGACACGCGAUGCCCAUCGCGAGCGAUUAAAGUGACGUGCGUAAAAACGACGAGUCCCUCUUGAGUCACGAAGUUUUAUCUCAGAAGCGAUAUUACGAUGAGAUAAAAAAACCGUGAACUGCGUUUCACUUUUUAAGCCCCACCCCUAAAAGAUUAGCCUUAUUUAAUUGUCUCAUUUUAAUACUGAGUUCUCGCGAAAGUGUAUAUCACUUCGUUUCCCCGCGCAACGAAUCUGUCUUAUUGUAACAUCCUCCGGAAAGAAAUACGAAAAUUAUUUAACGCUGAGCGUAAGUGAACAAAAUAAAUGAGUGCUCGAAAACGAAAUGAGGCGAAAUUCGAAACCGCGAAGAUCCAAUGAUACGUAUAUCUACGAUAUACGUCUAGGAAAAAGAAAACCGCGCAAGUUUAUUUUUUGUAUAUUAAGAACCUUUUUUCCUAUAUACAGUAGAAUAUAUACGUGUGUAUAUAUACACUUGUAUAGGAUACGAGGUAGACAAUUCGCGCAUAAAAACGUCAUCGUGUACACUUCGAGUUUAUGCAGUUAGUCGUAAGUUGUGGUUCAGAAUUCAUGCGCCAUUCAUCAUGUUAUGCUAUUAUUUAUGUAUGUAAAUACAAUGAAACGCGAUCGUGACUUCGCAAAAACCGAUGGUCCGAAAGUCGCGCGGAAGGAGAAGAGAAAGAAAGAAAAAAAAAAAGGAAAGGAGGAGAAACGAUCGGCUGGCUGAUUACGAAUACGAUUUGAGACGAUCGAGAGAAAACGCUGCUCCACAUUUAAGCUAUUUCUUUAUACGAUGUACCCGACGUGAGAAAGAGAAGUGGAAGAAAAAUGCAGAAGGAAUGCAGUUGUGUCAUUACAUAGCCGUAAGACUAUUUUUUAGGAGUACACGCAUAAUAAAUUGUACAAAUUCGUUUAUCGUCUCGUGCUCACACGCAAGCUAGCGAUUAUACGAUUCUAUUUACUUAUGCGUUGUUUUAAUCACAUAAAUAAAUUUUCUAUGAAAUUGUUUAUAAUCGACGAUUCACAUUUAGGCGUUUAGAUUGUAAGGGACGGGCAGCGAAGUCUGCUUAUGUAUAUAUAUAUACGCAACACCACACAACUACACACACACAGAUGUGACAAAAAAAAAGAACAGGGGAGUUUAUCUCGAGGAGAAAGGCAAUUGUAGAAUUCUUUGAUUUCCAAACAAGAAGAAAAUAAAAAAAAACCAGUGAAAAGUACUUGAGGAGUUUCGUUUGAAUGAAAUAAUAUUAUAACGAGAAAGAGACUAUCGUUUAUAUUUUAGCUGUAUUAUUAAUAAAAAGAAAAAAAACCGUGUAACUGAUAAAGAGGCACACUUUGAUUCUGCGUGUGUGUUUAGACGGGUGUGUAGAAUAGAGAGCGAUGUUUCUUUAUGCAGAUACAUAAUUAUAAUAAAAGGACAUGAGAUA